CUCAUGCUCUGCCUGCUGUCUGCAGUCGGUGCUGUGGAAGUACAGUUUCUCUUGCAACUGCAAUGCAGUGUUUUUGGACUAAGGGAUUGGAAUUCUCUGCGCGCCCGGUGGAUUUACCUCGGGUUUCGUUCGCUGUUUCCCAGGAUGGGACCCGCUUUUCCUAUUUAGACUCCGGCACUUUGCGGAGCUUGACUGGAGGGGCAGCCAGCGAUGCAUCAUUAGAGACCCUGCUGGAUACUCGGACAGCCACAGCUGAACUGGGCUGGACAGCAUAUCCCUCAUCAGGGUGGGAAGAGGUGAGCGGCUACGAUGAAAACCUCAAUACCAUCCGUACCUACCAGGUCUGCAAUGUCUUUGAGUCCAACCAAAAUAAUUGGCUGUGGACCACAUUCGUCAACCGUAAGGGUGCCCAGCGCAUUUACGUGGAGAUGAGGUUUACUGUGCGUGACUGCAGCAGCAUACCUAAUGUCCCAGGUUCCUGCAAAGAAACAUUCAAUUUGUAUUACUACGAGACUGACUCUGGGCUGACUGUCCAACAUACAGCUCUGUGGGCUGAGAUGCCAUACCUCAAGGUGGACACCAUUGCUGCGGACGAAAGCUUCUCCCAGGUGGACUUUGGCGGCAGGCUGAUGAAGGUCAACACUGAGAUCCGCAGCUUUGGACCUCUCAGCAAGAAUGGCUUUUAUCUGGCCUUUCAGGACUAUGGCGCCUGCAUGUCGCUCCUCUCCGUCCGUGUCUUUUUCAAGAAGUGCCCAAGUGUCAUUCAGAACUAUGCCACCUUCGCUGAGACCAUGACAGGCACAGAGAGCACCUCACUGGUCAUUGCCAAGGGCACCUGUGUGCAGAACGCUGAGGAGGUCGAUGUGCCCAUCAAACUGUAUUGUAAUGGUGACGGAGAAUGGAUGGUGCCUAUAGGGAGCUGCACCUGCAAGGCAGGCUACGAGCCAGAAAAGGCAAUGGCAUGCAGAGCUUGCCAUUCUGGAACUUUUAAAGCAAAUCAGGGCAGUGAGCUGUGCACCCCUUGCCCUGCCAACAGCAGGUCCUUAACUGAGGCGUCCAGUGUGUGUUCCUGUCGUAUCGGAUAUUACAGAGCAGACUUUGACUCGCCCAAGAUGCCUUGUACAAGUGUUCCAUCAGGCCCACGCAAUGUGAUAUCCAGUGUGAACGAGACUUCCAUCAUCCUGGAAUGGAAUCCACCACGUGAUGUUGGCGGGCGUGAUGAUGUCAUGUACAACAUUGUUUGCAAGAAGUGCCGCAGCAACCGUAAACUGUGCACCCGGUGUGAUGAGAGUGUGGAGUUUGUGCCGAGGCAGUUCGGCCUGACAGAAACCCGAGUGUUUAUCAGCAGCCUUUGGGCUCACACUCCAUACACAUUUGAGAUUCAGGCCGUCAAUGGAGUCUCUGGCAAGAGUACGUACUCACCACAGCACGUGUCUGUCAACGUGACCACCAAUCAAGCUGCUCCCUCUACAGUUCCCAUCAUGCAUCAGGUGAGCUCUACGAUGACCAGCAUCACUUUGUCCUGGCCACAGCCUGACCAACCAAAUGGGAUCAUCCUUGACUAUGAACUGCGGUACUAUGAAAAGGAUCAGAAUGAAUACAAUUCUUCAGUGGCAAAGAGCCUGACUAACACAGCUCGCAUUGAUGGUCUGCGGCCUGGCAUUGUGUACGUGGUACAGGUGCGAGCCAGAACCGUCGCUGGCUUUGGAAAGUACAGCGGCAAAAUGUGCUUCCAAACGCUGACAGAUGAUGACUACAACUCUGAGCUGAGGGAGCAGUUGCCACUGAUUGCAGGUUCAGCAGCUGCAGGAGUGGUCUUCAUUGUCUCGCUGGUGGCUGUGUCGAUCGUCUGCAGCAGGAAGCGAGCCUAUGGCAAAGAAGCAGCAUACAGCGAUAAGCUUCAGCAUUACAGCACUGGACGAGGUUCUCCCGGGAUGAAGAUCUACAUUGAUCCAUUCACUUAUGAGGAUCCAAAUGAGGCCGUCCGGGAGUUUGCCAAGGAGAUUGAUGUCUCUUGUGUGAAAAUUGAGGAAGUAAUUGGAGCAGGAGAAUUUGGGGAAGUCUACAAAGGUCGUCUCAAAUUGCCGGCAAAACGGGAAAUCUCUGCAGCAAUUAAGACCCUGAAGGCGGGCUAUUCCGAGAAACAGCGGCGGGACUUUCUGAGUGAGGCCAGUAUCAUGGGUCAGUUUGACCAUCCAAAUAUCAUCCGGCUGGAGGGCGUGGUAACCAAAAGUCGUCCCGUGAUGAUCAUCACAGAGUUUAUGGAGAAUGGAGCUCUGGAUUCAUUCCUAAGGCAAAAUGAUGGGCAGUUCACAGUGAUCCAGCUGGUGGGAAUGAUGCGGGGUAUUGCAGCCGGGAUGAAGUACCUGUCGGAGAUGAACUUCGUGCAUCGUGAUCUGGCUGCACGCAACAUCCUAGUCAACAGCAACCUGGUGUGCAAGGUGUCAGACUUUGGCCUGUCACGCUACCUGCAGGAUGACACCUCAGACCCCACCUACACUAGCUCUCUGGGUGGAAAGAUCCCCGUGCGAUGGACUGCACCAGAGGCGAUUGCAUAUCGUAAAUUCACUUCAGCCAGCGAUGUGUGGAGCUAUGGAAUUGUUAUGUGGGAAGUGAUGUCAUUUGGAGAGAGGCCUUACUGGGACAUGUCAAAUCAAGAUGUAAUCAAUGCAAUUGAGCAGGACUAUCGCCUUCCACCACCCAUGGACUGUCCGGCUGCUCUACACCAGCUUAUGUUAGACUGCUGGCAGAAAGACCGCAAUUCCAGGCCCAAAUUCGCCCAGAAUGUCAACACCCUCGACAAAAUGAUCCGGAAUCCGACCAGCCUCAAGACCAUGGCCACCAUCACCGCAGUGCCUUCGCAGCCCCUGUUGGAUCGCAGUGUCCCUGACUUCACUGCUUUCACCUCAGUAGAAGAUUGGCUUAGUGCAAUCAAGAUGAGUCAGUACAGAGAGAACUUCCUCAAUUCUGGAUUCACCUCCCUCCAGCUGAGCACACAGAUGACUUCUGAGGACUUGCUGAGGAUAGGGGUCACUUUGGCUGGUCACCAGAAGAAAAUUCUGAACAGCAUUCAGUCAAUGAGAGGACAAAUCAGCCAAUCAACUUCAGCUAUGGCAUGACAGCAGUGGAUGAUGGGACAUGUCUAAACAGCACUGGUGGUGUAAAAGAAAGACGCAGACCAUUUCUCAUGGGCUCAAGACCAUUCUUAUGAAGGAAACACAUUGUUACUGUCUACCAGACUGAUCCUAUUCGGAAAUCAUGCAUUCCUGUCCUUAAGAAAAACAAACAAGAUCUGGCCGGAUAAUCUCUUUUUUAAGAAAACAAUCUGUCCCUUCAUGAAGCCAGGGCCUGUGAAACUGGAAUCAAAUGAAUAUCCCAUUAUUCCAAAGAACAUGCUGUGAUAUUCUUUAAUGUUUGUUAGAUGCAUUUCUUUUUUCUUCAUAAGUGAUGUUCUUCAGAUGUUGGUGCCAAGAGACUGCCCCUUCCCUAAGAUGGAUUCCAGAUCCUUUAUAUCUUCAUAUUGAAGAUGAUCAGAAGUAAUCAUUCUUUGCUUGCAUUUUCUGCAACAAUGUCUGUGUUUUGAUAGCAAUGACUCUGAACGUUGGCAGAACACGAGCCAGCUACACUUGUACAAAGGGGGAAGUAGGUAUUUAUCAGGCAACAUACACAAGGCCUGUGCUUGUGGCUGGCAGGCAUUGGUGAUCAGACUUCUUAUUAACUCUUUGGAUUAACUGUAUAGAAAAGAUGUGAUUCUUUUGCAAGCGGUACAAGCGAUGGACCCCACUGACCUUGCUUGUAGUUGACAAGAGAGGUGUAGUCGGACAAUGAUACGAAGUACCUCUGGUGUUACAUUACACCGCUCAUUAAUUGACUCAUUUUGAACAUUUUGCUUUGUGUGUCGGUGCUUGUUGGAAUUCUAGUGAUGUCCAUUCAACCCAGUGCUCAGAACUUUGCUGCUUCAACUUUCUGGGUAAAGGCAUUGCAGUCAAUGGAAGGACGUGGGGAAAGUUCAGACAGGAUCAGCCACGCUCGGGGUGAACAGAACCAGAAAUCCAGAGACUGUAGGUUGUACCUAAACAACCCGCACCCUUUCUUGUGCCCUCAUGAUUUUUGAGCACUUGUUGUCCCCACCUCUAGGAUGUAUGAAGUGUGCAGGCAUGUUGCAAGCAGCAUUCUGUAAAUAUGGAAUGAAAUUCUGUUAAUUUUUUUUUGCUUUCCCUGUACAUUCCCAGUUUGUUAUUUGUGUGGAGUAUGUUUAAGUUUGUAACAGUUAAGUUUCGGAAAAUAUUGUACUAAAAUGCACUCAAUAAAGAUUAAUUGAACUGAUUAAAGACA